AUUCAAUACAAUUCAAUUCGAAUUGAGAGCUUGAAGUAAACGAAUGUGUUUUCGCGUACGGUUGGGCGCGAAUUUCCGAAAAUUAAACAGCGUGCAUGUGCGACGAGUGUGUGUAUACGUUUUGUGUAGGCCAGCAAGCAUACAGCAACAACAAAAUAUAUGUGUGCAAAGUUAGUCAAUGCAAGCGUUGAAAUAGUUAAAUAAAAAGAAAAAAAUAGUUGAAGCGAAGAAUUGGAAAAAUAAUGAAUGCCAGUUGGAAGUUGAAGUGCUGAUUUGAAUUAUUUACUACAAAUUUGUGGAAAAACUGAGCACAAUCCCACAGAAAAGUUGUACGAGCAAAAGCAGAUAACAGUAGAAGCGCGGUGUGCGAAGAUGUGAAAAAUAGUAAAAAUAAAGGUGAGAAAGCGGAAAAGUGCAAGUGUGUAGCAAUGUGAAAUGUUUGAAGCGCAAGCAGUGGAAGUAUAAUUUUUCAAACAAAACUGAUAUUGGGAAAACGCUGCAUAAUUGCUACUUUUUGAAGUUGAUUACACUGAAUUCCGAUCUUUGUGUGUGAAAAAAGUGCGGCGAAACGCCAAAAAACGUACACAAACGGGUAUUUUGUAUUGAUUGCAAAUUCGAAAAAUAAGAAUAAAAAGCAAAAAACAAAAAAAGAAAUAAAAAUGAGUGAUGAAACGAAAUGCCAAAACAAGUUAGGAAAAUCAAAGAAUUUCACAGCGGCUGCGUGACGGUGAAGACGAAACGUGCGCGUAAUAAAGACGAAACGAGUGUGUACGCGAAGUGAACGUGUGCGCGAGCGAGUAAACCAACGUGUACGAUCGGCGGCGAGUUGCACUAGCAGCAGAAUUGCAGUUGGAACAGCAGCAGCAACAACAACACAAUAACACUGCGAAGUGAAGCUAAACGUGUAUAUGCUAAAGUGUAUGUGUGUGUGUUGUGAACGGAAAAAGUGCAACGACAGUCGUUGCAACAACAACUACACAAUAAGCAACGAGCAGUAGUGUUACAAAAACAAAUUGGCGAGUUCGUUGCAAAGGAAUGUUAAACAAAAGCAAAACGCAUAAGAAUAAAGUGUAAAUUGUAAUAAAAAGUUGCGACAAACAAGUAAAAUACAUACAUACAGAGUGCAGCAAAAACCACAGCGGCAACAGACAUUGUGCAAACGUGUGUGUGAAAAGUGCAUGAAAGCAGGUUUAUAAUGUAGUAAAAAGGCGAAAGGUGCGUGUUGUUUUUGUUUUCUUAUGAACGGAACAAAGGCGAAAUUCACGUGAAGCUGCAGUGUUAAGCUCAAAAAAAUAAAGAAAAAACAGUGAAAAGCAGCUUAUGUAAAAUGCAGUAACUUAUUGUUUUUGUAAAUAUAAUUUUUACGAAUUAUUAUUAAUUUUUAUUUUAUGUGCGCCUCUUUCUUUCACGCGUUUCUGCCAGUUUUAAUGCAUUUUUGUUUCAUUUAGCGCCACAAAAAGCGUGUAAAUAGCUAAAUUUAUCUUAGUUUUUUUCCAUACAUUACAAAAGCAAUGAAGAUGAAUUGUGCAGCAAUUUAAUUAUUUUUAAUUUUGUGUGUAUAAAAAAUCAUUAAUUUCAAACAAAUAAAUCACAUUCUUUCAAUUUUCCUUGCUGCUUGAAAUUAUGAAGAAUAAUCAAACAAAAAACGCAAACAACAAUAACACCACUAAUAAUAAUAAUAACAAUAACAACAGCAACAGUAAAAAUCUAAAUUACCUAAAUAAUAUCAAUAAAAAAUUCAACAAUAACAACAAGAACACCACAACGACAUCAAUCACUAAUAGCAACAACGCUAAACAGAACAACAACAAUCAUAGUAAUAAUAAUAAUAGUAAGAACAAAAAGAAUAGCAAUAAGCGUACAUUACGAUUGGGCCGUAAUAAAAUGGGCGGCCGCAAAGAUGUGCGUCGCGGCCUCGAGCCACUCGAAUUCGAGGAAUGCAUUGUGGAUAGUCCAGAGUUCCGUGAUAAUUUGAAUCGUCACGAAAAGGAAUUGGAUCACACUAGUCAUCAAAUCAAGCGAAUCAUUAAGGAGGUGAAAGAUUUGAUGAGCGCUGCUAAAGUAUUGUCCACCCGCAUGAAACAAUUGGCCAACUUAAUGGACGAUUUCAAUUUCGAAUGCAUCGGCACAGCGCAAACAGAUGACGAGAAUGUCAUUUGCGAAAGUCUGAAACAUUUCGCCGCCAUAAUUGGAACCAUCGAAGAUGAGCGAGAGAAAAUGCUGACGCUGGCGGAUCAACACAUCAUUAUGCCGCUGGAGGAUUUUCGGAAGAAACACAUUGGUGGCGUGAAGGAGAACAAGAAAAAGUUCGACAAGAAGACGGAAAAAUUUUGCCAGACACAAGAACGUUUCCUGAAUAUGUCAACAAAAAAGCCAGAGAACACGAUACAGGAGGCGGAUGCCAGUCUGGGUAUGCACGAACGUGAAUAUGUACAGGAGUCCUUGAGUUACGUGCUACGCAUCCAAGAAGUGCAGGAGCGCAUCAAAUUCGAGUUUGUCGAAAUUCUGCUUGGCUUCAUUUCCGGCUGGUUGGUAUUCUAUCACACGGCACACGAACAGGCGGAGGACAAUCGUGAUUACCUGCAAGAUUUACGGCACAAAGUGCAAAAGACACGCGAGAACUUCGAAGGCACUCGAGAGAAAGUCACUGAAUUGAAGACAAAAUAUAUGGAAAAGAGAACGAAACCAGAGGAGAAAUUCACAAAACGUGGCUAUUUAUUUUUGAUGGAAAAAAGCUCGCUUUUGAAAAUCUCUCUUCUAGAACCCUUUAAGGCAACAUGGACGAAAUACUAUUGUACAUACAAGAAACAAAAGAAGGAAUUCACAAUGUUGCAAUUCAAUCAGAUGAAUCACAGUUCUACUCGGCCUGAGGGGCGUGAAGAGGAGAAACUAACUUUAUACUCGUGUCAUCCGCGCAAUUCGGAAUUUGAGAAACGUUUCUGCUUCGAUUUGACAUUCAAAGAGAAACCGGGUAUUGUUUACACAUUUCAAGCGCUCAGCGAGGACGAUCGACAGGCCUGGGUGAAAGCAAUGGACGGCACUGAAUCGACCUACUUUGCUCCAGGCAAAGUGAAGGCUGGCGAGGAAUAUCAGUUGGAUGACAUGGGCUUCGCUUUCGUGCGCCGUUGCAUCGAUGUGCUAGAAAAGCGUGGCCUCGAGGAUGAGGGUAUAUACCGCAAAAGUGGUGUUGGUACGAAAAUUUCCAAACUACUUUCGCUGGGUAUGGAUCCCAAGAAGGCGGAUAACGCUUUUAACGAUGAACAGUAUCGUGAUCUCAUGGAGAGCAACACCAUAGCGAGUGCGUUGAAAACGUAUCUGCGCAAUCUAAAUGAGCCGUUGAUGACUUAUCGCUAUCACAGCGGCUUCAUCGAGGCGGCAAAACAAGAGAGCUUGAAUCAGCGCGUGCAUGAGGUGCAUAAAUUGGUACACAUGCUGCCACAAACCAACUUCGAAAUGCUGGAUCUGGUUAUUAGACAUUUGACAGAAGUCUCGCGCAAAUUCGAAAAGAAUAAAAUGUCGGUCUUCAAUCUGGGCGUUGUGUUUGGACCGACACUUUUACGGCCCCAGGAGGAGACCGUCGCUGCCAUAUUGGACAUCAAGUUCAACAACAUUGUUAUAAAUAUUUUAAUUGAGAACUACGAUCGUAUAUUUAAGAGUGACCCAAGUGCACCCCUGCUGAGCGCACCCAAUCCCACUAGUCCGCCGACGCGCGUGCCACGCGCCAGUCAAGCUGGCAAAUCGCCCGCGGGUGGUGGUAAUGUGGGCAACGGCGCACGCACGUCCAUGUAUUCGCCGCAACAACAAGUGUACCGGCUUGUGACCAAGUCCAACUUCACGGAUCCACCGAUGUCAUCGAGUUUACAAAACAUUCCAAACGGCCUAAUCUAUUCACAUGGCAGUGGAGGCGGCGGCGGCGGUGGUAGUGGUGGUGGUGGCAUUAACCCAACGAACCGCACUAACGGCGGCCUUGUAAGUGGACACACCACCAACGGCAGCGGUGGCGGCAGCGGCCCCAAAAGCCUUGGCAUGAGCGUAAAUAUGGGCAGCGUGAAGAAUAUACAUUCCAUGUCGCAGAGUGAUAUCAGCGUGCGCAGCCUACGUGGCGGCGGCGGUGGCGGUGGCAGCGCUGUGAACAGUAGCGCCGCUGAUGCCGUCUACGGCAUAUUGGGUGGCGGCACAAAUGGUUCCGGUUUGACGGCACAUCAUGCUACGCCCGCGACUGCCACACAACUGCGUCAAGAUUAUCUAAUGGCCACCGCUACGCCGGCGUCAACAGGUGUGAUCAGCGGCAGUGGCGGCAUUUAUUCCACCGCCUCGGCGGGCAGCACGACACGCUUGAACAUGAACAACGUUUCCCCACCGACGAUAUCAAUGCGCACCGAGGCGUUGUACGGUUCGACGGCGCUAACGGGCAAUGGCGGCGGUGGUGGUGUUGGUCCGACGCAACACUCCCGCAUGUCGUACGCGCAGGCGAAACACUACUCGCCGGUGACGGCGGCCGCAUCCACAUCUAGUUCCAAUGAGAGUGUCUGUGAUUCCUUAUCGUCGGCCAAUGGUAUCGGCGGUGGUAGCAAUAAUGGCAGCCGCAUGUUGGGCGGUGGCGGCAAUUCACUGGACUACGUGCCACAUGCCUCGCAAGCGUCUUCGCUAUCGACGCUACUGGGCUCCACCUGCGACGAUGUGGUAACAGCAACGGCGGCACCAUCUAUGAUUGGCGGCGGCGGCAGUUCGCCGAAAGAUGGCGAGUACGUGCCGGUCAAGGCGCAUCGCAAUAAGGAGAUACAUCGAGAAUUGAAUAUGGGCACAGCGCGCGUGCGCACAUUAUACGCGUGCAUGGGCGAAAGCGAGGGUGAGCUGUCGUUCGAACCAAAUCAGAUCAUCACUAACGUACGUUACUCACAUGAACCGGGUUGGCUGCAGGGCACGCUUAACGGUAAAACGGGACUUAUACCACAGAACUAUGUUGAACACUUGAAACCAUACCAUUAGAACUAGAAUCGUUAAAUCUAUAUAUAUAUAUAUAUGUAUCUGAGUGUUUGAUAACAAUUACAUAUAUAUUAUAAUAACCUAUAUGUAUAUAUGGGUGUGUAAACAGUUUUGUAUGUGUAUGUGUAAACUAAUGUGAAAUACCGUUAAUUUAAGUGACGGCUAGCAUUUGAAAAUUGGUGUGAUGUAACUGUAAAAGUACAUAAAGUGCUUGUAGUUAAUUAGUUGCGUAAGUAGCAUUAAAAACUAAAACAAAAACUAAAAAGAGCAAGCGAAGAAGUGGCGAAAGUAAAAAAAAUAAAAGAAAAUAGUAGUGAAGAAAAAAGUAAUGCUAUGUAGUGUAAACCCACGAAAUAAACGCAAAACGAUUGCAAAGCAAUACAAAUUAAAUACAAUUUAUUACAACAACAACACAUGCAAAAGUCCAUAACGCACGAAAUUGCAUGAGCGUGUGUCACCACCAAGCAAGCCAAGCGCACAGUAGCCAACAAUACCCCAAAAACCAAUGCAACAAUAACAAAUUUACAAUCGCACACACACACACGCAGAACGACCGACAGACGGACACACGCCAACACCGACAUGCACAUUUGCAUCUAUAUAAAUAUAUACACACACAUACAUUUAGCCACAGCAUAUAUAAAAUGAAAAUAAAUAAAAUAAAAUAAUUACCAUAUGUUAUACAUAUAUACAAUACAUAUACAUAUAAAAAUAUUUUCUCUAUUUUUACAACAACAUGUUAGAAACUGUAAAAACACUUAAUUUUGUAUGCAAAUUAAAAUGAAAAUGAAAAAGUAACUUAAAAUUAUAACGAAAAUGAAAACAAUUAAUUUAAAGUGCGCAAACGUGAAUGCUAACAAGAAGAAACAACAACAACAACAAAACAAAAUGAAAAACAUGUAAAAGUAUAGUAUUAGUAAUAAUUACUCAACUGUGAGUAUGUUUGUAUGUAUAAAGAAUAUCUAUUGAAACGAAAAUGAGAACUUAAAAUUUCCCUUAAGCUAAUUUAUUAUUUGUAAACGCUUUAUUUUUGUUGCACUAUUGAAAGCAACCCUUAAACAAAAGCGAAAAAACAGAAAAAAAAAAACAAUUUGGAACUUUAAAAUUGUACGAAAAUGUGAGAAAGAACUAUUAGUUUACUUUGUAAAUAUAUACAUAAAUAUAUAUAUAAAUAUUAAAAAAUUAACAUUUUUAAGUGAAUAAUAAAAAAUAAAAAACUAUGCGAAAAUUCAAUGAAA